AUGUGCUUCGGAGGAAGGGACAAAACGAACGGCGAGGCUGCUCGCUCGCGUGAGAUUGACCGCGGCAUACGCCAGGAUGAGAAGCGUAAGCAGAAAGAAGUUAAGCUGUUGCUUCUAGGUGCUGGGGAGUCUGGCAAAUCGACCAUCCUGAAGCAGAUGAAGCUCAUAUAUUCUCAAGGCUUCAACAAGCCCGAACGGUUGGAGUGGAAGCCCGUUGUUUUCAGUAACAUUAUACAAUCGUUUCGAACGAUAUUUGAGGCCAUGACGGAGUUGAAUUAUCAAUUCGACAACCCUGACAAUGAGAAAUACAUGGCGCACAUUCUUGUCGAGCAUGAAAUUAGCCCCGAGGACAAGCUGCCCCAGGAUUAUUUGGAACCCAUCAAAGCCUUAUGGCAAGACAGUGGAGUGAGGAAGGCAAUUGCCAAGGGCAACGAAUAUGCCCUUCACGAUAACCUAGCUUACUUCAUUGACGACAUGGACCGGAUAUGGGGCGACGGAUACGUACCAAAUAACCAAGAUCUCCUUCGUUCUCGACUGAGAACGACUGGUAUCACGGAAAGUGUCUUUGAUCUCGGCCAAUUAACAUAUCGAAUGUUUGAUGUUGGCGGUCAGCGAUCAGAGCGAAAGAAAUGGAUUCACUGCUUUGAAAAUGUCCAUUGCUUGCUUUUCUUGGUUGCUAUUAGCGGUUACGACCAGUGCCUGGUAGAAGACAAAGACGGGAACCAAAUGAACGAAGCCCUGAUGCUUUGGGAGUCCAUUGCCAAUUCACACUGGUUCACCAAAUCUGCCAUGAUCCUCUUCCUCAAUAAGAUGGAUUUAUUUAGAGAGAAGCUGCCAAAAAGUCCCAUCAGCAAAUAUGGAUUCACCGACUACCACGGGCCCGAAGACGAUUACAAGGCCGCAAGCAAAUACUUUUUAGACAAGUUCCGUGCUUUGAGCAGAAACCCCGAGAAGGAAAUUUACGGUCACUUCACGAACGCCACAGACACCAACUUGCUAAAGAUUACGAUGGCAUCUGUGCAAGACAUGAUUAUCCAGCGUAAUUUAAAGCAAUUGAUAUUGUGA